AGUUCUAUGCACAAACCACACUUUUCUGGUCCUCUCCCCAUUAUAAAUACCUGUCUCUCCCCUUUUGCAUGAAAUUGUGGGUUUUAGUUAUAUAUAAAGAGAAGAGAGAGAGCAAAAGGGGUUCUCAAGAGACCCUUAAGCCUUCUUCAUUCAACCCUUGUUUAUAUAACCUAACUUAACAGUCGAAAUGGCCAUAUUUGACCUCCACCAUCCAUGGAUAUUUGUGUUCGGAAUCUUAGGAAACAUUAUUUCCAUAUUCGUCUUCUUAGCUCCAGUGCCAACAUUUCGCCGAAUCUACAAAGAAAAAUCAACCAUGGGUUUUCAAUCAGUCCCUUACGUGGUAGCACUGUUUUCAUCCAUGCUCUGGAUGUAUUAUGCAUUUAUCAAGAAAAAUGCCAUUCUCCUCGUCUCCAUCAACUCCUUCGGUUGCGUUGUCGAGACCAUUUACAUCUCCAUUUUCCUUCUCUACGCAUCCAAGGAGGCUAGGAGGCAGACGGUGAAACUUUUGGUAUCAUUGAUUGGAGGAUUGUACACACUGAUAUUUCUUGUAACUUUGUUCCCUUUGAAUGGAGCCCUUCGAGUACAAGUAGUGGGCUGGAUUUGUGUAGCCGUAGCAGUGGCUGUCUUUGCUGCACCUCUUAGCAUUGUGUUUCAAGUGGUUCGGACGAAGAGUGUGGAGUUUCUGCCCUUCACCCUGUCUUUCUUUCUUACAUUAAGUGCUAUCAUGUGGUUUUGUUAUGGUCUCCUUCAAAAGGACAUGUGUAUUGCACUGCCGAAUGUGUUGGGUUUCUUCCUGGGAAUGAUUCAGAUGCUGUUGUAUGGGCUAUACCGUAAGGUAAAGCCAGCAGCAGAAUUAGACAAAAAGGUGCCGGAGCAUGUAGUAAACAUCGUCGUCCUAGGAAACUCAGAACAGAUACAUCCUGUCAAAUCCGAGAAAAACGAGGAUAUGAUCAAGAAGCUGGAUGAAGAAGAAAACAGGGAGAGCAGCGUAAUUAGCCCACCGGUGCCAGCUCUGCUGCCGGUGGCAAACCACCAUGAAAAUGAAGAACGUGCGGGUGGCGAGCUGGCGCAAGUGAACUUGCAGCCGCAGCCGCAGUAUGAAACCCCGGUGCUUGUGGUGUGUGCUGCAGCUUGAGUCUUGAAUUAAUCUUUUGAUUAUUUAACUCUCUUCUACUGUCUAUCUGCAUGUAUGUUUCAUUAUAUUGCUUUUUUGAUUUAUUUGUAAUUCAUACAUUUCUCGCUACCACCUCUGAUUUCCAUUUCUCUGUAUAAAGAGGAAAAGAGAAAUUGUACGAAUCGAAUGGCCGUUAUAUUAUUUACUUUCGAUUCCACUAUUUAUGUUU